AUGCAUGCCUCCUCAAGGACAAGAAGCUGGCCUGCCAACAUCGGAUCCAACCCCAUGUCCUGCUCGGCGACCGAAGCGGCGGAAUCGCCCGCCCCCUCGCCAGACGAUCCGAUACCCUCCUCUGACACCCCAAAACGCGGCGUUUCAGGGUCACCUUACCUGGUGCAGGGUCGGUCGGAUCGGACAGAGAGGAUUCCUCCCGAGGUUCCUAGGAACCCCUCCCGCGACGGCCACCCGCAGUUCCAAGCUGAAAGCAAGCCCGCCGACUGUGUCCCCACGUCGGCGACGCCUGGCUCGUGGGAUGCCCUGUUGCGCCGCUAA